UUGUUGAGUUUUUUUAGGUUUAGGAAAGCAUUUAUUCUGCAGGUUAUUGUUUCCUUUAAAACAACGGUUAAUGCAGUUUCUCACACAUCUGAUAUGCUGGUGUUAUAAAGAUCAUUUAAAUACAAACUUUUUAAAAUUUUUAGCAGCCUUAAAAACAUUUCAUCAGUUGAUUUGCUAAAAAUACACACACUACCUUUUAAUAAAUGCCAUUUUCCUAAACAAGCAAAUGUGCAACUUUCAUAUGAAUUGCUGCCCUUUGUUUCACAUAUUAGAAUAACUUUUUGAUCCAAGCUGGAUGGAAGAGUCCUGGCCUGGGAUCCAGAGAGAGGUUCAAUUUUUAGAGGGGGUAUUAGCAACAGUUUUUAUAUCUUUAUGAUAUUCAUACACAGUUCAACCUUUGACAGUUUCAACCAAACAAAGAACCGAAUAACACAAAACAGACAAGACAAUUUUUGUUGUAGUGGUAAAGCCAUCGCUUAGGUGAGGAAGGUGCUGUUGAUGGUAAAAAGGCCUCUCGGUUUAUCAGUCACCUUUGCUACGAGAUUGAAUUUUACACUACAAUUUCUGCAAAAGAAAAUAAACAUGCACAGACCCAUCGAGGAAAACUCCUCGCAGUAAAAUCAUAUUUACAGUGCUGACCUGUGCAGGCAAUGUACAUAUUACUGGAGUUCAGGGGGGCGAGGAUUUAUAUACACACACAUUGAAUGACAAGGAUUAUUUAUAUCUAUGUUAUUGUUUUCAAUGGCCCAUUGCACCAUUUGCACAACUGGAAUUGGAACAGUUACAAUUUUUGUAAAAUAUAAAAUCAUGGGAUGCUAAUACCCUUGUUUUAACCACCUUACCAUUUUAAAAAAUGCGGGGGGGGGGCAGUUAGAGGAACAAUUUCUCCCUUCAAAUUUUUACGUAGAAAGGUUUUUUCACGUUCUUAUUGCUGGACAUUGUAAAAUCUUUAGGCUACUUAGAUAAAACAAUACUGUUGUUCCCAUGAAUAUGAAUUAAAGCUUGCUUAACAACUAUUCUCCAACCAUUUGGGUUGGUCUAAUACAAGAUAUCAAAUUCACCCAAGGAACCUUGUCUGCCUAUAUCCUUAGACCAACACGGCUACAACCUAAACCCCUGCUAAAAUUACACCGGCACUUUUGUGCCAUGGAAAUAGAAAACAAAACAAAAUAAAAACUGCAUUAGCCAAAUUCAAUAUUGAAAAUCAUUUUACCCCUCCUGCUAUAGCUGCUCCAAUUUCAGAGUACUUUGUGACAACAGGGGCUGCAAUAGCUGUUACUGUAUUCACAGCUCUGAAGUUUAUUGCCAGCCUCCGGGGGUUUUUUGCCCGCCAUCAGAAGAAACCAAACUGGGGAGACGCGCACACUGGGCAUCCGUGCUACCGCUGCCUGACUUAGCGUGAAGGGGUGAGAGGGCAGGGAAUGAAAGGAAGCAGCGUGGCUGGCUGGCAGGUGGAGCUGGAGACCGGAGGGGAGGAGAAGCGAUCACCACACUUCCGGAGCAGCCUCUCGCUCCGGGUUGGAGGACGGAGGCUGCUCAGAGGUAUUUCCGGCCCCGGAGGGGCGGACGGCGUGGCUUCACUGCGAGCUGCAGGCCUUGAAGACUGGACACUGCCGACAACACCGUGCAUGAGCGCGGGGCAGCGAGAGCCCAGGCCCCGGCCAGUGAGAUCCCUGCUGGGGAGACGUGGCUGCUGCGCGGGAGCCAGUGGCAGCCGUGGGCCUCCCCUUCCCGGCGGGAGCUGGAGGAGCAGGACCCAGGAGGCGUGCAGGCAGGAGGGGCUGAGGGUGCAGAAGUCCCUCGUGUCGUCCAGACCGGAGCCGGUCCAGCACCAAGAGCGCUGGGGGCAGGACGCGAUGCAGGCCAUGCAGCCCCCUUGCGAGGCCGAGCUGCCCUCCGCGGCCCUGGCCGAGGGGUUUCAGCUGGGGCAGGCGGAGGACGAGAAGCUCCAGGUGAGAGCCUUUGUUUGGUGCCAUCUGCACCUCCACGUGUCGGGGGAUGUUCCCCCCCAGAUCCCGGCUCCCCAGUGA